AAACUCCGAAAAAGCUCGUCGGCGUCGCUGCUGAGGAUUAAUCGGACCAGACGCGACUUUUAACGCGUUAUCACGCGCUCCAGUUUUAUUUGAUGUAUAGAUUAGUUGGCUGUUUGUAAAGCGGAACCCGAGAUCUGGAGUGCGGUGAUCCAGCCGGACGCGUUCAGAGCAGAAGAAACCGUGUAUGGUGUGGCUCCGUUUCAGUUAAAUCCGCAGGAUUAUGUUCAAAAACACGUUUCAGAGCGGCUUUCUGUCCAUCCUCUACAGCAUCGGCAGCAAACCCCUGCAGAUAUGGGACAAGAAGGUCAGAAACGGACACAUAAAGCGCAUCACAGACAAUGACAUCCAGUCUUUGGUUCUGGAGGUGGAGGGGACUAAUGUGAGCACCACCUACAUCACGUGUCCCGCCGACCCCAAGAAGACCCUCGGCAUCAAGCUGCCCUUCCUCGUCAUGAUCAUCAAGAACCUCAAGAAAUAUUUCACGUUCGAGGUUCAGGUGCUGGACGACAAGAACGUUCGGAGGAGGUUCAGGGCCAGUAACUACCAGAGCACGACCCGGGUCAAGCCCUUCAUCUGCACCAUGCCCAUGCGGCUGGACGACGGCUGGAAUCAGAUCCAGUUCAACCUGUCGGAUUUCACACGCCGGGCGUACGGCACCAACUACAUCGAGACGCUGAGAGUGCAGAUUCACGCAAACUGUCGCAUCAGAAGAGUGUAUUUCUCGGACCGGCUGUACUCUGAGGACGAGCUCCCCGCUGAAUUCAAGCUCUAUUUACCAGUACAGAACAAAGCCAAGCAGUGACAGAGCAGACGGGGUUCCUUCAUUCAUCUGCACACGUUCAUAUUGGAUGGAGUUCUAGUGUCACUCUUUUUUUUUUUUUUGCUGUUGUUGUUUCUCAAGUGUUGUUUUGGAUCUGCGUGAUUGGCGUCCGUCUGCUGAAUAAAUAUUUUAUAUGCACAAAGUGA